AUGGCCGCCGCCUCGCUGCCGCCCUCCCCACCCCACGCAAAGCGCCCCAGGAUGUCCUCUUCCUCCGACCCGGAAGCCGAUUCUGAGCCCACCUCGGCCUCCGCCGCCGUUGAGGGUGCCGAUCCUGCGCAGCGUCGCCCCAAGUACAAGCGCCGCAAGGUCGCCAUCCUCCUCGGGUACUGUGGCGCGGGGUACCAGGGCAUGCAGAAGAACCCGGGCGCGCGCACCAUCGAGGGGGACCUCGAGGAGGCGCUCUACCAGGCGGGCGCCGUGCCCGAGGCCGACCGGGCCGCGCCGCGCCGUUACGACUGGGCACGUGCUGCGCGCACCGACAAGGGCGUCAGCGCCGCGGCGCAGGUAGUGUCCGGGCGCUUCUACGUCGACCCGCCGGGCUUCAUUGAUCGCUUGAAGGCCCAGCUCGCGCCGCAGAUCCGCGCCUACGGCUACGUGCGCGUAACCAACUCGUUCAACGCGAAGAAGUUCUGCGACCGCCGGAGGUACCUGUACCUGCUCCCCGUGUUUGCUCUUGACCCCAGCGCGCACCCGGACCGCGAGGCCGUCAUGGCGAGCAUGGGGAGUGGGAGCGAGCUUAGCAAGUGCCUGGAGUGCUCCGAGAGAGGCAGGAAGGUGCCUGGUGUCAUGGGCCGGGAGGGGAAACUGCCCAGCCCCGGGCAGAAUGCUGUUGAUGCUCCCGUGGAGGGAAGUGUGGCCAGCCAUGACGAAUCUGGAACACUUGGGGAUGCAAAAUGUGAUCAUGCAAGUUCAGAUGGUGGUAACCCAUGUGCCCAUGGGGAGGUUGUAUUGAACAGCAAGGAGAAGCUUGAUUUGCCGGUCUCUGGUGAUGGAACUGAAGUUGCAAAUGCUGAUGUGGGAUCAAAUGGUGCCGGUGAUGUUGUACCAUCAGCUAAUGCAGAUAUUUAUAUUGGCAAUGAGGAGAAGAAACUUGAGCCUGUAGCUACUGAAGAGAAAGCGCAAGGUAUUGAUUCCGAGAAGAGCAAUGGAGAAGAGAAGCCGCCAACUAAGAGCACCUUUUCUUACACUAAUGAAGUGAAGGAGAGGUUCAACAGGAUUCUCAAGUACUAUGUUGGGACUCGCAAUUUUCAUAACUUCACCACAAGAACUAAAGCAGAGGAUCCUGCAGCAAAAAGGUUUAUCAUUUCCUUUGGCACCGAUCAUGUUGUCAGCCUGGAUGGGAUUGAUUUUGUCAGGUGUGAAGUUGUUGGACAGAGUUUCAUGCUCCAUCAGAUCCGGAAAAUGAUUGGUCUUGCUGUAGCUGUGAUGAGGAACUGUGCACCAGAAUCAAUUUAUGAUGUCACCUUUCGCAAGGAUGUCAACCUUAAUGUACCUACUGCACCUGAGGUCGGUCUGUACCUAGAUGAAUGCAUGUUCACAUCAUACAACAAGAAAUGGAAGGAUUCACAUGAGGCAGUUUCCAUGGAACCUUAUUAUGAGGAGGCUGAAGAGUUCAAGGUCAAGUAUAUUUUCACUCAUAUUGCGGCAAUGGAACACAAGGAAGGAGCUGUAGCUUUGUGGUUGCACUCAUUGAACCACAGAAAUUAUCCAGAUUUCCGCUACAUGGAAACUGCUGAGCCCAAGGUUGGUGCUGAAGUUGAGAGUAUUGAUGCUGGUGCAGAGGCCAAGGUUGGGGCUGAAGUUGAGAAUAUUGAAGAAGCAAAAAUGCCAAGCGAUAAUCUAAGUGAGUAA